GUUUUAAAUAGUUCAGGUGUCAAGGUCACUACUGUUUACUACUACUGUUCUGAAUUGAUGAAAUAUAGGGGACUGCUUUCAUUAAAUGUUAUCAGAAGUAUGAAGCUAUUUCCUAGAAUAUAUUUUGAAGUUAAAGAAAUCAACUGGUUUUAAGGAGUCUACCAUUAAGAUAUUGGAUUGUGUUUACAGUUGCGCGACCUUGGAUCCUAACAUAAUAUGCCGCAAGAUUCGAAAUACUUGCUAAUUAGGUAUUCAUCUGUGGUUUUAAGGAAUUUAAAAAUAUUGAACUAUGAUUUCGAAACACACCAUGUUCCUCAACAGGCUGAUUCAUUUUUGUCUUUUUUCAAAAUAUCUCGCAAAGCAGAGUUUAUACACAUACUCCACUUCUUAUUUCGGACUCUAAAUCCUGUGAAAUAUGAUACGGAAUUAAGUGGAUUUCUGGGGUCCAAAUCUGAUGUUGGGUUCAAGAAUGCGACAUACCGCUGGUUACGCAUUUUGUCAACUGAGUUUCCUAAAGUGAUUUCCAACUUCUUUGCCACUUGGGGUUGCCCCGCUGGCGUUGGCGUUAUGCGUCUUCUGGCAAAUCUAUCUUCUUAUGUCCUAGUAGUUUCAAAUGAUAUGAUAGCCUUCAACAAACAAAUUGUGGAAAACUACGCUAACUGUGAAUGGAUGUCAGUCAACUCUAUAGGAAGUGUUCAGCGUGAUCUAAAACAUUCACUUUCUCAUAUUAUUUCGGAAGAUCUGCUCCAAAGGGAACUUCAAAAAGGAUCUGAAGCCUUGGAUGUUGAAGUUCAGCAUGCAUCAGAAGAAAUUCUAAAAUUCAAGCAGCUCAUUGUUUCAAAUUCCGAUUUACAAAGUGAUAUGAACAAUACCCACUUGUUUUCUCUUUGUUCUGAUAAAACCAUUGGACUCCCGGAUGAACUAAUUGCUUAUCAAUUGCAGUUAACAAAAGAAGUAUCUACUUUGAGACAACAACUUAAAACCUACUUAGACAAGCAUAAGCCUUCUUUACUGCUGUUAAACAAUAUACUGGAUAGUUUAAGCGAUCAUAAAGUGUUUACUCUAAAUAGUUCCAAGAUGAGGUUUCUACAGUCAGGAAACAUACUGUCAUCAUAUUUAGGUGAAAAUAACAAGGAAGAACCGAAACAAAGAGAUGGCAAAUUAAAUUUUCAUUUAUUUCUGCGUUAUUCAAUAAUGCUUUUACAAAGAGCUUUCAAAUCUUACAAUCCUUCUUUUACAAAUGAUAAAUUUCAAGAAUUACCUUGUUCACAAUUUAGUACAUUGAAUCAAAACAGUUCAUCAGAUUGUCUUACUGUGUUUAAACAAGCUGUUGGUCAGUUUUACUCUCAAACAUCUAUCGAUUCUAAUUUUUCAACACAUUCUGAGAAGGAACUCUGUCGGUUAAUGAAUGAAAUGCAUAGUACUAUUGAUAAAUUACAAUUUGAACUAAAAGAUGAGUGGCUUCGGGAAUCACAUCUGAACGUAAAAUUUCCAGAAUUUCAAGCGACCUAUUCGACCAUAUCUCAACCUUGCAUUUCUUAUGAAACAAGUGAUGAGUACGAUGUAAAUAACAAAUCUAAUAACACUUUUGAUAUAUCAGCGGAGAGUGACCCAAAUAAAACAGAUGGGACGUUACCUAUACAUGAAUCUUCUCAUCAGUUGUUUAAAAAGUCAAGGAGUAAUUUACAGUCCAACUUUCUCGAUGAAUCCACCUACAAGCCUUCAACGUCAUCACUUAAAUGUAGUUCAGUUAACGAUCCUAAAAUGAACUCCCUGAAUCUAAAGAAAGGAAACUAUUUAAAAGUUGAUCAUGCAACUUCUAAUUCGUUAUCACUACCCCGAACAAGACCAGGAUGUUAUACCUUUCCUAAACAGCGAGAAAUUGAAAAUAAUUUGCAAAAUCUAAGUAUAAACUCACCAAAUAAUGUUCUUACCGAUGAAAUGCGUACAGAUAUUGUGUCCAGUACAACCGAUAUGUUGAAAAUGAAGGGACUUGAUUAUUAUGAAGGUAUUUUAAAAACCCAGCUUCCUGUCACAUCAUUAGUUUCACAUAAACCACCUUCAACACAGUAUUCUUUAAAAGAUUUAUCCAAUAUACCAGAAUCUAUACCGUGUACCUUUCAGUCAUUAUCUUCUAUUAUGGAAUUAAAAGAAUCUCAAUUGUGUACUCCGACAAACAGCAGCUUCAAUUUAAUUGAUGAUGAUCUGGAAUUCGUCAAUGAUCUGCUCCCAUCGUCUCCAAACUGACGACAAUGAUGUUUCUUCCAUCUUCAUGUGUUGUAGUUAUUCAUUUAGUUUGCCUGUUGAUGUGUGACUUUCUUCCAUAUAAAUGGUGAUAAUAAUGAUAGUUAAGAAAAAAAUAUUAUCACGAUUUACUAUUUUCUUUAUGUAUUACAUGUGAAAUGAAAAUUGAAUGAUGUCUAUUACCAGAAAUCUUUGUAUUUAUCAGAAGCGUCAGUUAACAAAUUAUAUUCUGUCCGACUUCAUUGUAAAUUCUGAGUUUUUUGAAACAUUCAGUUUUAUUUUUUUAGAUGAGGCUGUCUGGUAAUACCAUCCUUUUUCUCCUGUUUUGCUGUGUUUGGUUUUUCCAAGUAUGUUUGAAAUAAAUAGAUGUUGGCGA